GUUGUCGCACAUCCCAAGUUUAAAACUCGUGCCUUAAAAACCUAAUCACAAUCAUCCCACUUGAUUUUCUUAGAAAAAGGAGUUUAACGUUACACAAAUCGAGUUUCAGAGUAGUAGAGCGGUACUUUGACAGACACCAAAUUGUAAACUUUAAAAUUUGGUGUGGAAAUGUGUAAAAUAAAAACCGUUACCACAACUGCUGAUUGCUGUCGUUUUUCGAUCAAUUAAGUGGUUUGAAUUAUAAAAAGCCAUUUCUAAUCAACUUCCUACUGUGAAAACGUCCGGGCUCUAAUUAUUGUGUUAAUUAGUUAAAAAUUCGUGGUCACCUUAAUCCUGAUGACACUAAUAAAUCCGCGUCUUUUAGAAUUAGCGGUGUUUUCGUGAUAAGAACACUUACGCCUAACAUAAAUUUCAUUAGUCUUCGGCACGACAAUAUGAUAAAUUACGGGUUGUACUUUUGGGUGUACACAACUGCUGUAGUAGUUGCAAUGCAUCCCAAAGUUAAAAUUGACACAGGAGUGCUAGAGGGACAAUACGUAAAUGGGCUAACGCGUAAAUUCGCCUCGUUCACAAAAAUUCCAUACGCCGAACCACCCUUAAAUCAGUUGAGAUUCGCAGUACCUCGACCGGUACUUCCAUGGAAAGGGAUCCUGAACGCGAAGCUCGAGCCGCCUAUCUGCCCGCAAAUGUUACCAUACAAAAAUUCUCCCCCUAUCGGUGAAGAAGAUUGCUUAUACUUGAACGUCUAUACACCAAAGGUAGAAAGGAACGACACCAAUUAUAUACCAGUAAUGAUAUUCUUUCACGGUGGGAGCUUUAGUUUUGGUUCCGGAACCCUGCUUAAACCACACGCACUUUUGGAGGCAGAUAUUGUAUUGGUCACCGUCAAUUACAGGCUAGGUGCGUUGGGUUUUCUCUCAACGGGAGAUGAAGCAUCACCAGGUAAUUAUGGCUUGAAAGAUCAAAAUCUAUCCAUCCAAUGGGUAAAGAGGCACAUCCGCCAUUUUGGAGGUAAUCCGAACAAAAUAACAAUAUUUGGUGAAUCGGCUGGUGGUGCUAGUGCGCAUUAUCAUAUGCUCUCACCUUUGAGUAAAGAUUUAAUUAACGGCGUUAUAAGCCAGAGCGGAUUGGCCAAUGCUAGGUGGACCUUUGAAACACGGGAUGAAGGGCAAUGCCUCUCUAAAAAGCUGGCUAAACUUCUUAACUGCUCAACAGACUACAGUCACGGUAUGGUGGACUGUCUAAGAAAAGUUUCUUCUCGAGAUAUUGUACUUAUACAAGUUAAACUUCCAUUACCCAACACUAGCAAGCAUAUGCCAAUAUUUAAACCAGUAAUUGAAACAGACGUCAAGGGAGCAUUCCUGACGCAACCUCCUUUGGAAAUUAUAAGAGGUGGAGACUUUGCCAAAGUGCCAUUUCUGGUGGGAAUCACGGCUAACGAUGGGUGUGUCUGUACUGUGGACCACUGUGAGGAUCGUACGGCGAUUGCGGAAUUUAAUCGUCAUUUCGAGGAAAUAAUCGCAAACGAAAUGGGAAUAGACCACCGCAUGGACAAAAACUACACUGCACAGGAGAUUAAACGAUUCUACUUCAAAAACCAAUUAAUUACGUGCAAUGAUAAAGGACGAGAAAAUAUAUCAAAUAUGUACACUGACGCACUUUUCCUCGCUCCAACCAACGAGGUAUUGGAAUUGUAUUUAAAAUACAACCACACAUCUCUAUACAACUAUGAUUUCGAGUACAAAAGUAGUACUUUACCCAGCACCAGCGCUAUUAUUGGUGAUGCUCUUCGCGACUACGGUAUAUGCCACUCAGAUGAUAUGAAUUUUCUUUCAGGUGACCCUAAUUCGUUAAAAUAUUACAGCUCCAAGGAUCGAGCCGUAGUCGACCGAAUGGUUAAUAUGUGGACAAAUUUCGCAAUUUAUGGUAACCCGACACCUUUCGAUGGAGCGUGGAAGACAGUUAAAACCAAUGAUUUGGAGUACUACGCUAUUAAGGGCCCACAAGGGGGUAAAAUGUCUAAAAACCUAUACAGCGACCGUGCUAAUUUUUGGAGGAAUUUGCAACUGUAGUCGUAGACAUUUUGUUAGAAUGUAUUGUACUUAGCAAAUUUAAUACUAAUAUCCUUCCCUUGUGCACCGAUCUAGAGAACUGAGUUGUGCAGGGUUUCUAGGUGAUGUUACUUGGGAGAAAGUUUG